AUGUCUAGUUCAUCACCCGUUCCUGUUCUUUCAGCUUCUUCAACUGCUACUACGGCUCCAAUCACCGCAACCACAACCACCAUCACCACCACCACCACCACCGCCGACGCCUCAACAAAAACCACAACAGCAACUAUUGCAGUUGAUAUCCCCGUCAACCCUUCUGACAGUGGUCUUGAGCUUAUGGAUGCGAAAGAAUCCCAGGCGGAUUCUCCCAUACCAGUGAACGCCAGCGCCGAAAUCGCUCAUGACAGUAAUAAAAACAGCCUUGUUACCUCCACAAUCUCACACGAUGUCUACCCUAUUUCAACCCCACUUGAACAAGGCGCACAGCAGCCUCGCUCUUGCCCCCAAGAUAUUUCCUUAAUUCAAGAAUCUCUGGGAGGUCUCAAUUUAGGAACUAGUCAUGCUACCGUAAGCGGAGAACCAUCUCCUCAUAACGGUACCUCGGAUCUGUGCCAGCCCACUGGAAAUACUUCGGUGGCCACACAGGGAAACCCUGCUGAAUCAGCUACUUCACAAAAUAUAGCUUCCAGUCAGCCAGAAGGCCAUGUUCCAGGACUUGUGUCCCGCGACAGUGAACAUAGCUCUGUCACAUCCGACUGUGCAGACUCCUCCCCAGUGAUAGUCGUGUCGUCGCAGUCCCAAUCUCCCGAGCCUUUCGCCGACCAGCUCAAGCCCGUAGUUCCAAUGCUUAUUGAUGAACCCGAUGAGCGCCUCUUAAACGCUUUGGAAACCCCCCGUGAUCGCUUGUUUGUGAUAAGACUGGAACACGAUGUCAUUAAUUUCAUCCAAGACAAUAUCUGCGAUGUUUUUGACCUGCCUCCCAUCAAUGCUUAUCAACGUCUGCUCGCCCAUAAAAUGGCUGAAUAUUACAGACUUACCCACAUUGCGGAUGCCACCGGCGCUAGUGUCAGAUUUUACAGAGGUCAACACGCCAGAAUCCCUCCUGUAAGAUUAGGAGACAAACCAACUGCGGCUCUUCAGCUUAAUUCUGCAGCUAAUGGAUCUGCUGCCCCUAUGAAAAUUAUGCGGCGAACACGUUCCGAAAAGGGGUCUGAUACACCUCCCGAGCAUCGGAACUCAAAUACACCGAAAAAACCAUCUUCUGAAACAUCCUCUGGAGAUGGUUCGGCACGAACAGGUAGCAGAGAGGAGAGAGAGGAAGCCUACAGGGCCGCUCGGGAACGCAUCUUCAAAGACUUUGUUGUAUCGCCCCCUGAGACGCCUCCGCCCACUAAGCAGAACGAUAAGCAGAGAAGACAAGAACAGCCUGAUGAUUUUUCUGGCCGCUCUCAGUUCUUUCCUAUAUUGUCACCUUCGGUUCCUGCGGUCAAUCCAAAUUAUUACCCUCAAUAUGAGAACCCGGGAUUACAGUUCCAAAACUCGCACAUGCCUUUACAGCCGCGCUUCAAUCCAAAUACCCCUAGUUUCAAUCCGAAUAUGCCAAAUUUCAACCCUCCCAAUAAUAAUUUCACCCCGCAGCCUUAUAUUCCAGUGACGCCCCACCGUCAAUUUCAAACGCCAAAUGACAGGUUCAACGCACAAAAUCCAGUAAAUAUGGGACAUCUUGGAUACCCUCAGCAACAGCCCCAGCCACACCCCCAGCCACAACAGCAGCAGCCUCAAAACCAUCACCACCAGCAGCAGCAACAGCAGCAAUUGCAGCUGCAGCUGCAGCUGCAAUCGCAAUCACAGCAACAACAACAGCAUCAGCAUCCGCACCAACAGCAGCAUCGUAAUAAUUUCUUUGAGCAGCCAAAUCACUUCAAUUCCUCAGGCCCUCCCCCCCAACAACAACAUAACGUAAUGGCGAAUCCUCCGUUCACUAAUCCUCCCCGCUUUGUACCACAACAGUCAUCCCACAACUCUCACCACCACACGCCUCCUGUCCCUGCAUCUGGGAAUAGGCACCCUUACAAUGCCCCCUCUAACUAUGCUGUCAACAACAAUAAUAUAGCGCAGCACCGCUUUCCACAACCGGGGCUUGGCUGGAACCCUCCCGCUGUUGGAGGGGUCCCAAUGAACGUGACAAGAUCUCAGCCAGGCAUGCAAAGUUUUGAUAGGAACGCCCCAUCAUUCGGAGGGUUGCCAUACCAGGCACAUCAACCACAACAACAACAACCGUGGGGAGGUGGGGGUGCUUCAUUUGGGAGAGGUGGGUACGGAGGAGGUGGGGGGGUGCAUGGGCCUGUUGGCGGCAUGUAG